AUGUCUGCCGCGUUUGAGUCCUCACAGCCUCGACCGGUCGUAUAUUUGGAUGAAUCCUACAUCCAUCACCAUUACGCGCGCCAUAAUGACAGCAUUUACCACCCUGAUGACGCCUACGCCUCCAAGCCAAGACACAAGAGACGGAGACUGUGCUUCAUUGCUGCCAUCAUGGCAGAUGGCCGUGACAACUCGAAACUCUUGACCUACGAAGCGUUUGAAGGUUCACGUAAGCAGCCCAAGGACUACCACGCCAUGUUCAACGAUACCUAUUUUGUGGUUUGGUUCCGGCGCCUCCUCGAUGACGUUGAAGCUCUGGGAAAGUCAAACGCGAUCAUCGUUUUAGAUAAUGCGAAAUAUCAUAAAGGCCUACCUGAUGAUACGCCUAAGGGAUCGUGGACGAAGAUGAUGGAAGCUUGUGUGGCGCUUGGAAUUCCAACUGAGCCCAGGGAAUAUCGUUCAACGCUAUGGACCAAACUCAAGAAACACGUCGCAGACAACGUCGUACCUGUCAUCGUGAAGAUGGCGACGGACCGCGGCCAUGACGUCGUCUUCACGCCGCCGUAUCACUCCGACAUGCAAUCUAUUGAAAUGGUUUGGUCGUAUAUCAAAGGUGGUGUUGGUCGUCAAUACAAUACCUCCACCAAGUUCUCCGACGUCCGCGAGAGGCUGGAUCGUGAAUUCGAUCGCCUUCCAAGCAGUGUGAUCUACGAUUGCAUUUGUCAUACGACGCGUAAGGUUGUGGACCUGUCAGCGUACCUACAGUCUUUGGACGACGUCGACGACGCCGCGGGAUCGUGCUUUUCGUCGGACAGCGAGAGCGACAGCGAUGGCGACAGUUGUGGCGAUUGUGACUUGGCUGAUUACGACGCGCGACGACCCUCAACUGGCCGUCCAGUGUUCAAGAACUGGGCCAAGAAGCGCCCCAAGCAACACAAGAACACCGUAGCUGACUACCGUGAGCGCAAGGCUGCAAUUGAUCAUUACGAGUUGUUUGGGGUGCAGUCUACCCUCGACUCCAUGUACGGCAGGUUGGCCCCAGAUGCCCGUGAGACUAAGCGUAAGCUAAUCUACUCCUGGGUUGCUAAUCAUCCACUCAUUGAACGCAUGGCAUCGAACCCACGAACUGCAACGAUGAAAUGUCGGCGCGACCUUGGAACCGGGACGACGUUGACUGCCGAAGCCAAGGAGCAGCUUGUCCAGUGGGCCAAGGGGAUGAGAGCGAAUGGCGUACCGGUGACUUACAGCAUGCUUCGCAUCAUGGCGUUGGAAGCCGCAAUUGACCUUGGGCUCAGCGAGGACGAGUUUCGUGCUGCGUGGCACUGGACUCCGGAAGAUGGUCUUGAGGUCUUGGAUGACUUUGCGAAGCGCGUCCAAGAGAUCGUAGCUCGCGAGGGCAUCGACAUUAUCUACAACGCUGACCAAACGGCGACCAACUACGAAUACCUCCCAACCAAAACGUUGAACAAGAAGGGCGAGAAUACCGUGUGGAUCAAGUGGGGGGGCAAGACCAAAGACCGCAUGACUGCCAUGCUUUUGGCAGACAAUUCAGGCACGAAGCAUCCCUUGUUCUUGAUUCUACGCACGUCCAAGUCAAAGAUCAAAGCAGUCAUUCAAGAGAACCUAACCACUCGACAGGGAUUUGGCAAGCGCCUGUGGGAGUCCGAUGAACCGAUGCAAGCUGCGAACGGAGUUGUGAUCCAUGGCAACCCUACGGCGUGGUGGAACGCGUCUAUCUCAAUGCAGUUCCUGAAGUACUAUUUCAGCGAGCGGCACGAUCGUGCGACCAAGAAGGUGUUGCUUAUUUGGGACGACUUAUCAGCGCAUUUUACUGACGAGGUGACGGCCUACGCAAAAGAGUUAAACGUCGUGUUGGAGCGUGUUCCUCCAAACUACACGUGGAUAUGCCAACCUGCUGAUAUCGCGUGGAAUCGACCCUUGAAGGCGCGCCUACGACAAAACUGGCUUGACAUGAUCCGUCGACAGCUGCUCCGGGCCAAGCAGCGUGGUACCGUUUUCAUGCUGGUCCCUCCGUCGCGUGACACCAUUGUGUCUUGGGUGUCGGGUGCAUGGGCUGACACUGAUGCAACUACCAUCAUUAAUGGUUUCAAGAAGUGCCGCCUCGUGGAUGGAGUACAUAUGGGAGAAGUUGUUGGUGAAGGUGUUGUCGAGGACGAUGUGCUGGCUGCCCUGAUUGCGACGUGCGCGAUUGAAGAAACCAUUGACCCGGUGAUGGACUUCAGCACUGCGGAUGCAGCUGAUGUUUCAGCAUAA